UGAACUUGUAAACUAAACAUCUAACAUUUAACCUCAGUUUUACUUUUUUUGGUAAAAUUUUUUUUGACUUGUCGGACUUUUUGCUUUUCCACAACUCAUUGUGUAUUACCAAAAAAUCAAAAUGGUUAAAGAUUUUAAAUUAAGUACGACUCUUUUCGGUCACUCUAAGGACAUCAGAUCAGUUACCGUUACAGAAAGUAAUGAUAUUAUCAGUGGUUCCAGAGAUAAAACUGCAAAAUACUGGAAAUAUGACCCAUUGCACAAUACCUACCAUGAAGUGAUGACUUAUAAAAGUCAUGAGAACUUUGUAGGUAGUGUUUUGUAUUUAGAGCCUUCUACAGAAUAUCCUGAUGGACUAGUGGUUACAGGAGGCUAUGAUAAAGUAAUAUUCAUCUAUAAACCGGGAGAACCAUUUCCCACAUUCACUUUCAAAGACCAUUCAAAUACAGUUUGCUGUCUUACCAAAGGGCUUGCUUCAAACAGCUUCUUGAGCUCAUCAUGGGAUAACACUGCUAAAUAUUGGUGUUUGUCAAAUUCCACUUCUAAAUCCCUUCUCACAUUUUCUGGUCAUGAAGCUGCUGUAUGGCAUGCAAAACAACUAAGUGAUGGUAAAAUAGUAACUGCUUCUGCAGAUAGAACUAUUGGAAUAUGGUCUGAAACUGCCCAAAAGUUGAACACUCUUACUGGCCAUACUGAUACUGUGAGGUGUCUUGAAGAUUUCCCAGAACUUAAACAGUUCAUGAGUGUUUCUAAUGAUGCAUCAGUGAGAGUUUGGAAUUAUGAAGGGGAGAAUCUGAAUUGCCUUUAUGGGCAUACUAAUUUCAUUUAUAGUAUAGCAAGGUGCAGGGCUCAUGGUUUGGACAGUUUUGUCACUUCAGAUGAGGAUAGGACUGUGAGGUUUUGGCAAAAUGGAGAAAAUAACAACACAAUUGAGCUGCCAGCCCAGUCUAUAUGGACAGUAGCUUGUUUGCCCAAUGGAGAUAUAGUUACAGGAUCUAGUGAUGGACUUGUCAGAGUUUUCACUCAGGAUGAGAGCAGGGUAACAGUUGAAGCUGAGUUGACAAGAUUUUCUGAGGAAGUGAAUGCCUUGAAACAAACAGCUGUUCAAGAAAUUGGUGGGGUUAAAGUUUCAGAUUUACCUGGUAUAGAAGCUCUAUAUGAACCAGGAAAAAGAAAUGGUCAAAUGAAAAUGGUUAGAGAAGGAAAAACUGUAGUGGCUUACACUUGGGUGGUUGAUGGUGACAACAGUCAUUGGGAUAAAAUAGGGGAAGUACUAGGAGGUACAAAUAAAGAUGAUAGUGGAAAAACUAUCUUUGAGGGAAAGUCAUAUGACUUCGUAUUCAAUGUUGAUGUUGAAGAUGGAAAGCCUCCAAUAAAGUUGCCCUUCAAUAAAGGGGAUGAUCCUUAUAAAGCAGCACAUACUUUUUUAUCUAAAAAUAUGUUGCCAGCAGAAUAUCUUGAACAGGUAGUGGAUUUUAUUCUCAAAAAUAGUAAGGACCAAUUUGUUCCUCCUGUGAACACAGAAUAUCAAGACCCAUUCACUGGUGGUUCCAGAUACACCCCUGGUAUAAGUGGUGGAAAUCAUGCCCAAGCUGGAGUCAAUCUAGACCCUUUCACAGGUGCCAGCAGUUAUUCCACAUCUCUCAGCUCCGCACCAGCCGCGAACCCGGCCAUUUCGGGGGCCAACAAACCCUCGGCAGCCUCCUUCGGGGGCUUCUUCCCCAUCACCGUCUACCGGUCCUUCGACGUGGGUGAUCCCCAGGUCAUUUUGAACAAGCUGAAGGAGUUCAACUCCCGUACCGGGGACGGUAUAGACGGGGCGCAGGAAAGCGAGCUUGAGGAGGUGGUGAAGUUGUGCUCGGGUCCCCCGGCCGACGGGAACGCGCUGGACGUGCUCUACAAGCUGCUGGAUUGGCCUGACGAUGUAAUUUUUCCUGUUUUGGACGUCAUAAGAUUGGCCGUAAGGAAUAAACUCACCAAUGAAGUGAUCGCAAACAUGAAUAACGGCAUCAUCAUGGAGAAAUUGAAAAGCUACAUCAGUCCUACCUGUGCCAUAGUGAAUAACAUGGUCGUCGCCCUUAGGACCGUCUGUAACCUGUGUUUGCAUGAAACAGGGGAGACUUUGGUGUACAACAGCAGAUUUGAAAUAUUGGAAAAUAUCACUUCUUUAGGGCAAUUGAAUAAAAGCUGCCAGGUGGCUUUAUCAACUUCUCUUUUGAAUCUAACAAUCCUAACUAUCAAGAAUAAUGAUGAAAUAGGUUUCUCCAUAUUGGCUCAAGUGUUACCAGAUAUCCUGACAAAGUUGACAGAUGCAGAGUCACAAUUUAGAGCCUAUGUGGCUUUGGGGACCUUAGUUACUUCUGCAAAUUCCCAUCGGCAAGAAAUCAAGGUGAAAAUUGGCGAAAAUGCUAGGUUCCUCACCACUGUGCAAUUGCAUUCUUUAUCAGGACAAAACGAGUUGGAGAAGAAAAGAAUGAAUUGUGCCAAGCAGUUAUUGAAUGUUUUAUAGAUAGCUUUUUCUAAAUAAUAAGCAGUACUUGUUGUAUUCUCACCACAAACAAAACUUUGGUGGAAUGAUUUUUUUUCAUGCUGAAGGUAUGGCAUUAUUUAUUGGCAUCCAAAUAGAUAUUUUUGUUUAUCUAAUGAAAUGUAUGAUAAUGAUAUCAGAAAUUUGUCAAUCAGUGAACUAAAAAUAUUUUAUUUUCAUUUAUUUACAGUUACUACAAACAAAAAAUAAAUCAAUUUUCUGAAGUUGCUAGUUCUUUUUGUUGCCUGACUCUCAACCUUCUUUCCCUUUCAUAUUCUUUCAUCCUUAUCAAAUAACUGAAAAUUUGCAAUUAAGAUAUG